AUGCUACAUAAGUUUCUUUUAUUCAGCUUGAUAUUGAUAUGCUUUGAGUUAACAAUAAUCUCUGCUCGCCAUCAUGGUGGUCAUGGAGGAAGCCAUCAUCACAGCCAUCAUCACAGCCAUCACUGGGGAGGAAAUCACCACUGGGGAGGACAUCAUCAUUGGGGUGGUCAUCAUUUCCAUCAUCAUCACCAUCAUGGUGGCUACCAUCACUACGGUGGCUAUGGAGGAGGGCACAAUGGAGGAUACAAUGGAUAUUAUGGAAGAGGAUUCGGUGGCCUAGGCCUACUUGGACUUGGAUUGUAUCGACCCUAUGGAUAUGGAUACGGCUCUGGAUAUCGUUAUCCAUAUUAUUCUGGAUACUAUGGAGGAUAUCGACCAUACGGAGGCUACUACAACUAUGGGAACUAUGGAAACUAUGGAUACAACAAUUACAACUCCAACUACAAUAAUUAUGGAUACAAUCCUUAUGGAACGUGUCAAGUCAUGAGCAUCACUGGAACCACAUAUUUAUGCUAUUGCUCAAAUGGACAAUAUUACAAUCAAAUUGGUGGAUGUCCUGGUCAAACGACAGCGACGAUUCCUGUUGGGAAA